AUGAUAGCACGACAUAAAGAAUUGAGGGAGAAAAUUAGACAGUUAACCUCGCUGUAUGAUAUUGAUUCGGCCGAAUGCAUCUAUGAGGACCAGGAGCAAGACCCAACAGGAUCGCUGCGGAUUGGGGACAUACGAUUGGCAACCGGGAAGUUAGAAGAUGAUCCCGCCCAAGUACAGGACGAUCUCCUCGAAAUCAAUCUGGGGACAGAUGAAUCGCCUAAACCCAUAUACAUCAACGCAGGACUGGACGAAGGAUUCAGAGAGCAACUGAUCGCCCUACUCAUUGAGUUCCGCGACUGUUUUGCCUGGUCGUACGAGGAAAUGCCGGGCCUUGAUCCUGAUAUCGCCGAACAUAAGCUUCCAUUAAAGAGUGGAUUUCGGCCAUUUCGGCAACCUCCCCGGCGAAUGUCCAGGGAAGUGGAUACUCUCAUACAAGAUGAGAUUAAGCGGCUGGAAGAUGCCAAGUUUAUUCGGGAAGCCCAAUACACCGAAUGGCUCUCUAACAUCGUACCAGUAAUGAAGAAAAACGGGAAGCUACGAGUAUGCGUUGAUUUUCGGAACCUAAACCUGGCCACGCCCAAGGACGAAUACCCAAUGCCCGUGGCCGAUAUGCUGAUUGACAGGGCAGCUGGACACACGAUACUCAGUUUCCUCGAUGCUCACUCUGGGUACAACCAAGUUCCAAUCAGCAAAGAGGACAUAUCCAAAACGGCUUUUAGAUGCCCCGGGCCGAUCGGAGCGUACGAAUGGGUCGUGAUGCCUUUUGGCUUGAAAAACGCAGGGGCAACAUAUCAGAGGGCGAUGAACAAGAUGUUCAGAGGCCUUGAAUGCCUUGAGGUCUACAUCGACGACGUCGUAAUCAAAUCAAACACCGGCGAAGUUCAUUUGGCCGAUCUCCGGAAAGGUUUCGAGCGUAUACGACGUAAUGGCUGGAGUGUUUUGCUGAGGGGAAGAGAAACCGAUGAGUGGAUAUGGAUGGACGAGCAACAGAGGGUGUUUGACGAUUUGAAAGGUUACUUGGCGAAACCUCCGGUAAUGACCCCUCCAAAGCCGAAUAAGCCGUUGUUGCUAUACCUAUCGGCUGCACACGAAUCCCUAGGAUGUAUGCUCGCCCAAGAGGACGAUGGGGUCGAGAGAGCAGUCUACUACCUAAGCCGAGGAUUGAUGGACACAGAGAUUCGCUAUACCGACAUAGAAAAAAUGUGUCUAUGCCUGUACUUCACAUGCUGCAAGCUGCGAUACUAUAUGUUGCCGGUCGUAGUGUAUGUAUUAUCCCAGACCGACAUCAUUAAGUAUAUCUUAUCGAAGCCAUACCUGAGGAAUCGGAUUGGAAAAUGGGCGAUUGCAAUGUCCGAGUUUACAUUGGUAUACGUUCCUCAAAGAGCAGUAAAAGGACAAAUAUUGGCAGACUUCUUGGCCGAUCACCCUGGUAUUGCCCUCAAGGAAGAGACACCUGGUCGAGUAGACAUCACGUCCUUCGACAUCGCCGUGUGGAAGAUGUGGUUCGACGGAUCCAGGACAAGCCAGGGGGCAGAAUAUGAGGCCCUCAUAUUCGGUUUUGAGAUUUUAGCCGAGCUAGGGGCACGGGCGAUCAGUGUAAAAGGAGAUUCUUUGCUAGUCAUUAAACAAGUGACAGGAGAAUUUAAAUGCGAGUCCGAGCUAUUGGUGAGGUAUUGCAACAAGGCGAAACACCUGAUCGAAGGCUUCCAAGACACGAGAAUAGAGUACACGGAGAGGGCCGAUAACGGUGUUGCAAACGACCUAGCUCAGCACGGAAGCGGUUACAGGGUAAACGCUGAAUUCGACGCCAUAGAGAGGGAAUUACCAAAUCUCCACACCGGGGGCAUCACGAUCGACGAAAGACAGUUCUCGGUUUACCAACUGGACGUCACCCAAGAUUGGAGGGACGAGCUCCUGAAGUGGUUCGAAAAACCAGACGCCACGAAUAGGAGGUUGAGGACUUUAGCCCUUAAUUACGUGGUCUUAGCCGGCGAACUAUAUAAGAAGGGCUUUGAAGGGCUGCUCUUCAGAUGCAUCGGUCCGAAAGAGGCGAUGCUUGCUAUGGCCGAGGUACACGAAGGGAUAGCAGGCGCCCACCAGGCGGGUCCCAGAAUGAGGUGGCUCAUCCAUAAAUACGGCUUUUAUUGGCCGAAAAUGGAACAAGACUGCAUAAGAUAUGCCAAAGGUUGCGAAGCCUGUCAGAAAUUCGGCCCAAUACAACACGUCCCGGCCGAAGACCUGCACUCCAUCAUCAAGCCUUGGCCAUUCAGAGGAUGGGCGGUCGACCUGAUAGGGAAAGUAUACCCAGGCUCGUCUGAUGGUCAUGCUUUUGUGAUUAUCGCCACUUGCUACUUCACCAAGUGGGUCGAAGCUAAACCUUUGAAGUCGCCGACACAAGAAGCGGUGAUCAAGUUCUUCAAAGAAUACAUCGUCCACCGACACGGCUUGCCCGAGUCCAUAACCACAGAUCAAGGGACGAUGUUCACGGGAAGUGAUAUAAGUUGGUGGGCCUCCCAAAUGAAGAUAAAGAUGUUACACUCAACACCGUACUACGCCCAGGCCAACGGACAGGCCGAAGCCACGAACAAAGCCAUCAAGCUCAUAGUUCAAAAGAUGAUUGAAGAAAACCCAAGGCAAUGA